AUGGCGGAGAAGCCAGCAGUUCUCAUCAUUGGAGGUCUCGGGUACAUAGGUCGAUUUCUUGCAUUAUACAUUCAUAAAAACAAUCUAGCAUCUGAGGUCCGGAUUGUGGAUAAAGUGCUACCACAAUUAGCAUGGCUGGCACCGGAGUUUGCAGAUGCUUGUUCGAAUGAUAAAUUCAUGCAAGCAGAUGCUAGUAAAGAGCAAUCACUACCGAGAAUAUUCGAUCGCGUGAAUGGGAAACAAUGGGAUUAUGUCUUCAACUGUGGAGGAGAGACACGAUACUCACAGGAGGAUGAAGUUUACAAGGUGCGCUCAUUGGCAUUGAGUAUUGCCGUGGGCAAAGAGGCUGCAAAGAGAGGCGUCAAAGCUUUCGUAGAGCUGAGUACGGGAAUGGUAUACAAAUCUGAUUCAACACCCAGUAAAGAAGGGGAUAAGUUGAAGCCUUGGAGUAAAAUUGCGACUUUUAAAUUACAAGCUGAGGAGGAAUUGGCUAAGAUGGAGGGACUAAACCUCAUCAUUGUUCGUUUGGCACAUGUAUACGGCGAAUAUGCUUCACAAUUCGUUCCUACCGCCCUCACCAUGGCACGUAUUUAUCAACAUCUCGACGAAGAGAUGAAAUGGCUAUGGACGAAGGAUUUGCGCGUAAACACAGUCAACAUAAAUGAUACUUGCAAAGCGCUUUGGGCCGUUGCCGAAUGGUAUGCCUCUGGAAAACCAAACUGGGACGUCAAAUCUAUGGGCAAGAUUCCUACUUUCAAUGUUGUGGACAAAGGGGAAACAUCUCAAGGGUCUAUCGCCGAACUCAUUGGCCAGAUUUUUGGCAUCAAAACUGGAUUUCAAGGACAAUUGAUUAGCACUUUCGCAAAGUUGAAUAUUGAUAGUGUUGUGGAUGAUGUCAACGAAGAGGUCCUUGGGCCCUGGGCGGAUCUUCUCGAGGAAGCGGGUAUUACACGACCAGGCCCUCUCACACCAUUCAUGGAGAAGGAAUUAUUGAAGGAUACCGAUUUGAGCAUGGACGGGAGCAGAAUUGAGAAAGUGGUUGGGUUCAAAUAUGAUUACCCAAGACUUACAAAGGACUUGUUGCAGGGUAUGAUUGAUAGUUAUAUCAGGAUAGGCUGGUGGCCUGUUGCAAAAUAG